GAAAGUGACCAAUGAAAACAGGAAAGAGCGCGAGGAGAGCUCGUGCAGGGGGUUCUGCGCGCUGAGAGGACGCCAAAACUUUUCCAGCCGCUGACCAACGCGCCCCAGCAGAUCCGAUGCUGAAGACCAGAAGAUCCGAGAAGAUCAUUUAAGCUGGAUUUUUUAAAUAGAUUUUCUACUCAGCAGCGUCUGAGUGGUGCGGUUCCUCCUCUGCAGACCGUCUUUGUUGGUGGAAUGAGCUCCAAACGGCGCUGGUGAGAUUCUGGAUUUCUCUGAAACUGCGCUCGCGACCAUAACGCUGUAAAUAAGAAAAGCGCGCUGAGUCGAAUUCGCGCCAUGGAGCAAGCCUCAAGCUCCAGCCCGAGCGGCACCGGCCACACUCCCCAUCCCACCCAGCACGAGCCCAUCAGCUUCGGCAUCGACCAGAUCCUCAGCGGAACUGACCAGGAUUCUCAGCAGAACUCCUCGAAGGCCAGCUCGGACUCUGAGCGGGUCAGCGAGGGCGGCUACCCGCUGGGCAGCCCGACCGGGGCCAGCGCGACCCCGUACCCAGCGGUGACCGGUGCUUUCCAUGGCAUCGCAGCUCCGUAUGAGGAGGCCAGGCCAUACGGGGUCAACCUAACCCUCACCCCUGGUGGGGUCAUAAGGGUCCCGGCCCACCGGCCACUGGCCGCUGCUGUCCCACCGCCUUUGGCCAGCGCGGCGCCCGGUCUGGGGGGCAUCGGCUUCCCCUGGAUGGAGAGCAGCCAGCGCUUCGCCAAGGACCGGUUUGCAGCGGCCCUGGCGCCCUUCACUGUGGCCAGGCGCAUUGGUCACCCCUACCAGAACCGCACGCCCCCCAAGAGGAAGAAGCCCCGCACGUCCUUCUCCCGCGUGCAGAUCUGCGAGCUGGAGAAACGCUUCCACCGGCAGAAGUACCUGGCCAGUGCAGAGCGGGCAGCACUUGCUAAAACCCUGAAGAUGACGGAUGCGCAGGUCAAAACCUGGUUCCAGAACCGCAGGACCAAAUGGAGGCGACAGACGGCUGAGGAGCGGGAGGCGGAGCGCCAGCAGGCCAGCCGGCUGAUGCUCCAGCUCCAGCACGACGCCCUGCAGAAGUCCCUGAGCGACUCGGUCCCUGCCGACCCCCUCUGCAUCCACAACUCCUCGCUGUUUGCCCUGCAGAACCUGCAGCCGUGGGCGUGUGGCGACGAGGGCACCAAACUGGGUGCGGCACUCGUAUGAGCUACCGACUCGGAGCAGCGGUCAGCAGCCUUCG